GGUACUGUCGUCGUCCACAGACAGGGAUCAAUGCCAGUAAAUACAACUACCUGAUAAAAGGCAGUAUAACAUUGCCUGCUCUGUGCUUGCUGUUAUUCUGUGAUUAGUAAGUAUUGGUCAACCAACACACGAUCGUCUGAAGAUGGCGGAAGGUGGACCUCCACACGAGAAGAAAGGGAACGAUAAUAACACUGAGUUAUGCGCCUGUCCACAUCUCGAAUGUCCUAUUUGCCUGGAGCAGAUGCGAGAACCGAAGUCUCUUCCUUGUUUACAUUCCUUCUGUGAGGAAUGUCUCGGUACCUACAUCGUCACAGACAUGUCAGGUGAGAUGGCCGCCGCGACCUCAUUCCCCUGUCCGGUCUGUAGGAAGAUCACAUCACCAGUCGAUCCCUCUGAGAGUAAGGAGACUUGGGCACGGCAGUUUCCAGUCAACAGCCUCGUUCAUUCCAAGGUGAUGUCAGACACUCAACUGUAUUGUGGAUAUUGUAAAAGGACAAAAAAUAUUGAAACACAAGCGAAACAUAUGUGUAAACAAAAUGGAAUGUUGUUUUGCGAUUUCUGUAAGACGAAUGCACAUGAUUUCUUUCACGAAGUAUGUGACAUUAUUUCCAUCGAAGGCAUGGCAUGGAAGCAACCUUUAUCAAAGGCAUGUUCCAAACACAAAGAGCAAAUUGACUGGUACUGUAAAGAUCAUAAGUUUAUAGGAUGUAACAGAUGUAUUAUCACAGCGCAUAGGCGUUGUAUCACAGUGAUGACAACCAAAGAGUACUGUGCAAUGCAAAGAGAUAACUCCAGUCUUGACGACAUGGACAAGUCUCUCGGAAAGGCGUUCAACUGUAUGGAACUGAUGGACAAAGCUUGUGGCGAUCAGGAGGAAUCUCUACAGCAAGACCAAGAUUUGGGCUUGAAGAGUAUUUCAGACCUGCGACAAAAAAUUAACAACCAUCUAGACAAAAAACAGGAGGAGAUAACUGAAGAUUUGAUAUCUAAAUACAAAGCUGAGAAAGCCAAGGUUGAUGUAUCCAGACAAAAGUGUAGUAGACUGAGGGCUGCCAUUCAGAAUACAAGGGAAGCGUCCAGGACAGCAGCUCGGAUUGACGACAACAUCGAGAUGAUACAACUGCUCCAUCGAGGUCAGACAGAGAUUGGGGCUUGUAACGAUCUGAUCGACGACAUAUCAUCCAAGUCAGUCAGUGUAAAACACAAUGUUGACCCAAGCCUGGUUACAAUUGACCAGACCAGUCCAUUGACCCUUGGCACAAUCCUUGUUGAGGAGGAUCCGUGUACCAUACCUGACGGGGUAGAGUACGUUCAAAACCAUACCAUGCUUUCUAACAGUCGCGUCAGGAAAUUAAGAAAGUAUACCAUCAAGGUCCCGUCUGAUAAGAAAAAUUGUAAUGCCCGCGGGGUUUUGUUAAUGGCGAAUGGCAAUAUGGUUAUAUCUGAUUUUCAAAACCUUCAUAUAAAAUUAUUUUCUUUCGAGGGACAGUGUUUGAAUGUUUUGACAACCGAUGGCUUCCCGCGUGAUCUGUGUUUAGUGGAUGACAACACACUAGCUGUCGCUGUCUCUUCUUACAAUGCCGGCAUACAUGUCGUAAAGGUUCAGGACUCAGUGCUGACUCUAUCGAAAGUGAUCAAAGUGCCAGGAAUCGAAAACUAUUAUGGUAUCGUGUUCCUAGAUGGGAAAUUCACGGUGAGUACGCCAAACGAUGUUUAUAGAGUUACAAUGGAAGGUAAGACAGAAAAAGUUGACACAUUCCCGGAGUCAUGCUGUCAUCUCUCCUGUAGUCCAGACAGAAAAGUCACAUUAGCCAGUCUGGUAGUAUCUAACGCAGAUGAAAUCGCGGUUUUCAAACUGUCCUCGGAUGUGCAUAAAUGUGUUUUGCGUUUGGGAUUAGUCAAUGGAGCUAUGGGGAUAGACAUAGACCGUGAGGGGAAUCUGUACGUCUGUGGUCAAGGAUCCAACAACAUUGUACAGUUGUCUGUAUAUGGGACACGGAUCAGAGAGCUUCUGACGUCAAAGGACGGUAUCAACAAACCCAGGGCUAUAUCUGUAUAUGGGGACAAAUUCGUAGUAACCAACCAAUCAGCACGAAAUUGUAACGAUAUACAUGUAUAUCAGUUCUACUGAAUUACGUGUAUACAGCAUGCCUUCCGGUAAACAUAAUUCUUUCGAACAGCAUUAACUCUUUCGGGUAUUUUUCAGUGUCAAAAAUGUUAUAAACUUCAGCGAAUUCAAAAGCCCUAGUGGGUGAACAUUGUAGAAUACAUUGUAGCAAAGCUAAAAUUUAAUCUUGUACACCUGUCAAUGUGAUGUGCGGGCUCCAUUUACAUAGAAUAAUGCAUGUAUAAAGCGACUUAGAUAUAGCUUCCGUCGUUUGUUGACGCACAGAAACUGCAUGGGUACGUCUUUUAUGACUCCUGAAUUGGAUUUGGAUGUGGCUUUCCGUUUUGUUAACAAGUAGUUUUCCAUGUGUGCCUAACUCUUAGAUGAUUUUGUUUUAGUGUUUGUGUGUUAUCUGUAGAUAGAUUCAUGAAGACUAACGUUUUGAAAAAGUGUUCUGUUUAUUGCUUUUAACUAUGCUUAUAUGUCACUGUGAUAUUAUGAAGUUUCAACUGAUGUAAAAAUAAAUGGCGAGAUAUCGACA